AUGGCACAGAGUCGUCACAAAUCCCACGCGGAUGUUAGGAGAAGAGCAUUAGAGUUUCAAGUAGAUGAUUGGGUUUACUUGAAAUUUUCACCCAUGAAUGGUGUUAUGAGGUUUGGUAAGAAAGGGAAGGUGAUUCGCCGUUAUAUUGGACCUUAUAGAAUGACAAAGAGAAUUGUCAAUGUAGCUUAUGAGUUGGAGCUACCACAAGAGUUAGCAGUGGUUCAUUCGAUAGUUACGACUAGAGGAACAAAUGUGGAAACACAAGCACCGGUAAGACAGGGUGCUCCUGCACCAACUAUUGGGGCUAAAACUCUAGGGGAGCAGCUGCGAGAGGCCGCAAUAGACACCUUGGGAGAAGGAAUACUUGAGGCAAAGGACAAGCACCUGGUCGAGCUAGCGACGCAGUGCGUGUUUUCUGACCAAGGCCAGGCACCCCAAGGUUUUCGGCACCAGCACAUUGAUGUACAGUGGUUUCACGGAAAGGUGUCCAAAACCAAAUCGCAGAAGGCCGCUGAGAUUUAG